AUGUUGAACAUGAACGAAUCACGUCGUCGGGCAUCCCAGCCCCUCGUCACGCCACCCCCGCGACUGAACUUGCAAACCCUCCACAAGUCGUCGAGCUUUCUGCUUGCAAAGCUCAACGUCUUCCGACCUCGUGCGAAACGAGCAGCGAAUGACGCAGGCAGUCAAUGGGAAGCUCAACGGGACAGCAACAUGAACCCGAUUCGGCGGGUGAGUGUAGUCUCCCGAUCGUGUGACGCCAAAGAUGCCGAGAAAGACCCCAAUGUGACUAAGGUCUCGGCGAUUCCAACGAUACAUCGAGAGCAAAGCGAUAAGGUGCAUCGUUGGAGUGACAUCAAUACUGGAGAUGAGACCGACGAGGCCGAAACGUCUUCAAGCGAGAAGUCCUCCAUGUGUCUCUGGAAGCAACUUGCCCCGACCACGAAGAGCGAAGCCAACCAGGUCACCGUCAUGUACUCCAUCUCGUUUUACCCGUGGAAGAUGGAACCCCAUUGUUAUUAUUCGCAUCCAGAAGCUGCGGCAAAUUGGGUCCCCGACACGGCCAGUGCCCGCUGUCAAACCUGUCUCGCAGCGUUCACCCUUACACGUCGACGACACCACUGCAGGCUGUGCGGACACCUUGUGUGCGCCAACUGCUCGCACGAUCGAACGUAUUUGCCAUUCACUGGCUCAGCUCCAAGUCAGCACCGACUUAUCAAAGAUGGCGCACCUCAGCGCACGUGCAGCUCUUGUGCCAGUACGCUACACAAUAUGGCUGCACAAGACGAUUCACGAGUUAAGCGCUUCACCAUUGCUGUCUCCUCAGCAAGACAACGCACACCUGUUGCAUCGGCUUUGUCGAUCUCUUCAGCCCGGUCAGCGGUUGCGGUAGACGUCGAGCGUCCGUCCCCGUGGUUAAGACGCACUGGUCUGGCUUUCACUGACAGCGACGUCAAGGAUGAAGAUGUUUUCACCGGGUCGACGACAGCGUUGCAACUCAAUCGAGGUUCUCACAGACCUUCGCACCACUGUCCAGUUCGGCUUUCAGCCAUUCGGGCAGGCGAACUGGAUGAUAUCCUGAGUGCGCAAAUAGGUUCUCACGCGCUCUCUACAGCAGUAGAUCGUCGUGGCAAUUCAAGUAUCCGACAAUUCGUCAUCAGCUCGGCGUGGCUUCACCAGUGGUUACGGUAUGUCCGUGUGAAUCCCAAUACUGCUGAAGGGGAUGCAGCAACCACAUCGUCGACGCAACAAGCGUCGUACGAGAACUACCGAAAUAAGGCGCAGCGUCAUAAGUCGACUGUCAAGUGCCGACUAGCAAGAGCUCCUCGACCGGGGCACGUGGCGAAUUACAUUCUCUUGGACUUUGUGAACGGGGAGUUGGUGCCGAAGCCCAACCUGCAACGAAGCCGAGGAAGUCAUGUCGGAGGAGACUAUCGAGUGGUUAGUCAGGAAGUUUGGACCGCCUUCUUGGGUCUUUAUGGUGGUGGACCGAGCAUUCAAGUGUCUCUUAGCAAUGAUGCUGCUAUUGGCACAAUGGCACCUAAACUCGACCAACCUCGGCCGUCAGCACGCCCCGCAUGGACCAUUUCUGAGCUCGACAACUCGUUCUCAGCUCUGGCAGCGUCUUCACCCAUUGACAACUGCUUGUCGACAUUAAGGGAGAGCGCAACGCAAAGACGUGAAAAGGAAGUCAUGCUUCAAAGUGUUCAAAACACUUCGACGAGAUCGAUGGCAAGACGCCACUCUGCUCAUGGAAAGCACUUGGUCUCAGCCGCUUCGAUCUCGACGCACGUGGUACGACAACGGGGUGUCACUCGAAAUCUUCGGUCAAGCUUACCCUGUCAAGGGCUUGCCAGACCAGGUGUAGGCGACAAGUGA